AUGCCGUCCGUGAUGUCUUCCCCAGCGCCGGCCCUUGUGCUCCUUCUCCUCGCGGCAAGCAUGGCAGAUUCCCAGGCGGGGCUAAACUGCAGCAACUCCUCCGCGUCUCCCUCCUCAGCACCAUCACCACCAACGUCCAACACAACCAACAGCAGCGCGUACCGCAACAACGUCUUGAAGCUACUGGACGCCCUCCCCGAGGCCGUGCCGCCCACAGGCUUCACCUCCCACUCCUUGGGCGCUAGUCCCGACCGUGCCUUCGUCCGCGGCCUCUGCCACGUCGACUCCACACGGUCCGAGUGCCGCAAGAACCUGCAAGAAGCCGUUAACGACAUCGGCCGUUACUGCGCCUCCAGUCGGAGCGGGGCAGCGUUGUACGACAAGUGCUGCAUCACCUACGCCGAUACCAACGCCUCGAUCGGCUACGAGGAUGUCUUCUCGGAGGUGUGGUAUGAGGGCGACAAAGUGUCCGGCUCCGACCUGCUGGAUAGCUACGAGCGGACCUACCACUCGCUGAUGGAUGGCCUGGUGGCGCGGGUGGCCAGUGGCUCGGCGAUGUUCGCCACAGGGGAAGCUGUCUACGCACCCAGCGAUCCGAAUGGGAGGACGUACGGUCUCGUGGAGUGCAUGAGGGACCUCAGCGCCGCGGAGUGCCGCCGGUGCCUGCAGUUGUUGGUACCAAAGCUACCGCUCUGCUGCGGAGGGACUGCGCAAAACUUCAACUGCCGACUUCAGGUUCAAGUAUAUGCCUUCUACGACCUGGCGCUCGACGCUCCGCCCCCGGCUGCUUCACCUGCACAGCAGCGGCCGAUCUCCUCGCUCGGAAAGAGGAGAUUACAACAUGUCAUCCUUGUUGUUGGGACACUAUUCGUCAUAGUCGUCGUGCUUGCUUGUGUUCGCAGACAGAGGAAAAGGAUCAAGGCGAAUAAGGAACAACAAGAUAACGCAGGAGAGGGCAUGAACUAUAUUAGUCUGGAAGUGUUAAGAGCUGCAACAUCCAAUUUUUCUAUAAACAAUAAACUAGGAGAGGGAGGAUUCGGAGAGGUUUUUAAGGGUGAAUUGCAGAAUGGAAUGAAAAUAGCCGUGAAAAGGCUGUCGAAUAACUCAGCUCAAGGGUUUGAUGAGCUAAAAAAUGAGCUAGUGUUAGCUAACAGACUUAAGCACAAGAAUCUGGUGCCGCUUCUUGGUGUUUGCUUGCAAGAGAAACUGGUAGUGUAUGAAUAUAUGCCUAAUGGAAGCCUACACACGAGCCUUUUCAAUUCGGAGAAGGCACAUCAAUUGGACUGGAUGAAAAGAAAGACAAUCAUCUCUGGAAUUGCUCGAGGUCUAUUGUAUCUCCAUGAGGAGUCUCGUCUAAAAGUCAUACACCGUGAUCUGAAGCCAAGCAACGUCUUACUGGACCUGGAAAUGAACGCUAAAAUUUCAGACUUUGGUUUGUCUAGAGCUUUCGGUGAAGAUCAAUCGAUCGAUAUAACAAAACGCCCUGUUGGUACACUUGGAUACAUGUCUCCGGAGUAUGCAUAUCGCGGUCAAGUCUCUACAGAGUCAGACAUGUACAGCUUCGGUGUCAUGGUUAUAGAGAUUGUGACUGGUCGGAGGAACUAUAGAUCACUUGACGAUGAUACUGCCUCCAGAUAUCUGCCCAGCUACGUAUGGGAAAAGUGGAGAGCUGGCUCGAUGGAAGAGGUGGUAGACCCUUCCCUAGGCGGGCGUUACCCAAAGAGCGAGUUGCUAAACUGCGUGCAAAUCGGGUUGCUAUGCCUUCAAGUCAAUCCCAGCUCCAGACCGGACGCGUCAGAGGUGGUCCUCAUGCUCGACGGCCACUCCACGUCCAUGACUAUGCGGACUCCCUCCAGGCCAGCGUUCUGCUUCCCACGACCUGGCGUUGUUAACCCGGCGCUCGGUUAUGCCACGACCAGCGGCCAGCUGCCUACCACCGUUUCAGACAACGGCAUGACAAUUUCCGAUCUCCAGCCUAGGUAGAACGAUUAAAAAAAUUGAAUUUACUGCUCAUAAGGGUGUAGAGGCACCCUGAGCUAUCACACCUUUCUCAAAUGGAACGUGUAGUCCAUAACUGCUCAGUGUGACA